CAUGGAGACGGUAGCUGGAGCUCUCAGAAAUAAACGUCCAGCGCUUGAGAAAGACAUAUUUUCACUUCUUUCCAACCCACAGUCUCAGGGGUACCUGAGGAGUUCCAUUACUGUCAGCGCUCGGCGGCAGUCCAAGAUUCAUACCUGCAGCGGUGUGAGGAUCCCACUCAGAGAUUCCGCUAGUCUGUAGGGAGGAACACAGGGCAAAAUAGGCUUAGUGGGACCUUACUGCACAGAGUAUAAGACAUCAGGCUUAACCCCAAGUUGCCUGGGAGACGAUGGACCUUGUGAUAUAACUGAGAUAUACAGAUCAAAAAUCCCACAGCCAUCUGCUGUAGGCAUGCAUGAGUUACCCAGUCAGAUUCUCCCUCGCCAAAAUGGACAACUCCGGACUGAAGCCUGAUAUGUCCAGAUAUCCUGAACCAUCACAACAACAGCCAAUGCCCGUGAAGAAGGUCAAGUCAGAAGAAUGUUAUGAGUUCCUUCAGAAAGUCAAAGUGGAAGAAACCCCAGGUCUAGAACAUGGCUGCAAGACAGAGAUACUCGCAUUCCAAACCUUCAUUGUCAAAGAAGAGAAGUGGUCACCAGUGCGAAUUAAAGAAGAAGAAGAAGAAGAAGAAUCCAAUUUAAGGGAAUAUGGACACAGCGACGUUUCCCCUGAUAGUCAGAAAGUGGAAGAAAGGCCUGAACUGGAACCUGACUGGACGACUGAUAUGCCAACAUCACCGCAGCUGACCUGCAAGGAGGAAACGUAUUGCACCGUAGAAAUCAAAGAAGAAAUGAAGGAGGAAACAUAUUGCACCAUAGAAAUGAAAGAAGAAAUGAAAGAAGAGGACUGUCACGAGGAUGUGUCUUUUACAAUUCAGGAAGAAAAGCCUGGAAUAGAAUACGACUGUAACGCCGAAAUGUACACAUCACCACAGUUGACCUGCAAAGAAGAAAUCAAAGCAGACGCAUAUGUUCCAGAAGAAAUUAAAGAAGAAGAAAUUGAAGAAGAAAAUGUUAGAGAAUAUGGUCAUGGCUCGUCUCCUAUAAGUAAAGUGAUGGUCGAGAUGACAUUGAAACACAGACAUCAAAGUGAAGACACUCGUGGGAGUAUUGGUAUUGACUGUGAUCCUGAACCAAAAACAUGGUCCAUUCUUGGUAGUUUCAUGGCAUUUGGAUCAGAUGACCUGUUCUACAGCGCACCUAAUACCACCCUUGAUGCUCUUGCGGCGUUUCCCCACUUGGCUCCAGCCACAGCCCCCCUGUCAUCACCAGCGGCCCCCGAAGGCCUAGCCGCCCCAGCCCUAGAAAUGCGAGACCCGUGUGGCCAGAAAUGCCGAAGACAAUGCACAGCCAAGUUUAGUGAGGAGAGACGGCAGGAGAUUUGGAGCAGUUACAGGGCCAUGGACUUCGCAGAAAAGCGCAUGUUCGUGUUUCACAGCGUCAGCCAGCUGCCGACGGCAAGAUCUUAUGGUGCUGGAAGUCGACGUGGCAGGUCGUUUGUUUACAGGCUAAAGGACAAAGAUCGAGUCCCGCAGCAAGUCUGUAAAACAUUCUUUUUGGCCACACUGGGGUACCAUCCCACGAAUGACUCUCUGGUCCUCUCUGUGAUGAGGAGGGAGAUAGGAAAUGUGUCAAACCUGAGAGACCAAAGAGGAAGGCACGCGCCAGCCAACAAGCUGGACAUGCAGCCUGUGUACGACCAUAUUGAGUCCUUCCACCCAUCGGUGAGCCACUGUGGAAGGGUGCAGGCCCCACAUUGUCGGUACCUUCCCAGAGACAUCACCGUCAAGCUAAUGUAUGCUGAUUAUGUGGAAAAGGGUAACCACUGCUCCUAUGAAACCUACCGCAAAGCUGUGAAGCAGAAGAACAUCAGCUUUUGCAAAACGAGGGGCGAUGUGAGGAGUGCCUGCUGGCCAUGAUGGGGAGGAUGGGGUGCUGGCCGUGAUGGGGUGCCUACUGCUGGGGAGGAUGGGGUGCCUACU